ACCGACGUCCACAACAAAUGCCGUAGAUACAGGAUUUAGAAUUUUAAAUCUAUAUUUAAAGUAUAUUCAUUCAUUCUAGUGAGAUGACUUGACCUGCUGCAAGGGACAAAAGUUAAGAAGCGAUAUUCAUGAGUCAAAAUGGCGCAAUUCAUCACACCAAUUUCAGAGACGAGAGAAAAGCUUUCAAGAUUCAAAGGGGACUAUCGUUUUGGAAAUUUUGAGGUCAUCCCAAGCCUUCCCACUUCAGGUCCUGCCCACAAGUCUGAGAAGCAUGUCAGAACUUAUUUCAAUAACAAACAAAUCUUUAGAACCAUUAGUGAGUGGUUUGAGGUUUGGAUGCCAUGGCAGAGGCGCAUCGUUCUCUGUGGUACUACAGAUAGGUGCUCUACGUCUCAGCUUGAGUAUCUUGCAACAGCCUUGGAACCAGUGUUUCACAGAGACUUUCAGAACUCACUCAGAGGGAGCUAUCCAUCACUGACCUCCAGGAAAGUGAUCCACACUAAUGAGCAGUCAGAGAGAACAGUGAAAUUGUCUGAUUCUGAUAUGGGUAGUGUCUACACCAAGCAAGAAGAUCAAUCCCUAUCAAGCGAAGGAUUGCAUUCUCUAAACUCCUUUGCUUUAAAAUUUGUCAAUAACAUCAUUUCAGAAGCAGUUCAGAUGGCUGCAGGGAGAAAUGUAGAAUUUGAUCUGGGUGAGGAAAGUUAUGAUGAAAGUCAGAAAUCGAAAGGCAAGAAAGGACCUAAGAGAAAGCCUUCACCUAUCAAGGAAGUUCAAGAGAGCUCCUCUUUUGAACUUGAAAGCAAAGUAUCUCACACAUUGAGCCCAACGAGAAGUCAGUCACAACAAAGUACAUAUUCAUCAUCUUCCAGAGACUCUAUGCUAAAAGUACCUAUGAGUGACAAGACCAGUUUCUCUGGCACAAAACACAGCACCACUUCCAGUCAAAAAGAUGGCCUUCUGCUCAUAGAGCGGAAAAGUGUCGACACCUCAUCUUUCCUCAACCAAUUCAACUCUUCCACUCGCCCUCUAGAGUCUUCCUUUUCUGCCAAGCCAUCAGAAAGGCGCAAGGCAAAGAAUCGAUCACAGGCUUACAAUCAUUAUUUCUGUGGACAGGAGGACACUGUCUUGGCCGAUGAGCAUCACUUGGAUGACCUACCACCUCUGGAAGCCAAGAAGGUGUCCACGUUCAACUGGUGUAUGAGUCACAGGGUCACACCCUCUGCAGGGUCGACCGCAGUCGGAUCGGCUGAGAGCCGUAGGAGUAAACCACACAAACACACCAAGAGCUAUCCCCUCCCAGGAAGUGCAGCAACCACCGCAGACUACUUUGAUCGAUCAAAGAUACAGAAACUAGGUGCAAUGAAAGGAGUUUUGCGUACAGGUCAAAUCAACAAACCACCCCAAGUUCAAGAUCUCUACAUCCCCGUCCAGAAGACUUUCAAGCCAAGCAAAUGGUGGACACCGCGACCUGUAGUGGUCCCUGCUAAGAAGCAACAACUGAGGGCAGCAUUCAAGGAUCAGUUGGAACAGAUAUGGAGUUGGAUGAAGGAAUGGGAAGAUCAUGAGAAAGGAGACCUUUUGGUUGAACUCAUCAAGAUGUGUGACCAGGAACUUAUCAAAUUCUUUGCUUCAUGUCUCACCAAACGGUUGCAUCAGUAUGUGAAUUGGUUGGAAGAUCGUAUGGAUAUCAACAGCCUUCCAGACAAAGUGCUUCUCCGUGUCUUCUACAUGCUGUCUCCUACAGACCUGCUGCAGGUAGAGUUGGUUUGUAAGAGAUGGCGAUUCCUUGUCUCACAUGAAGAGCUGUGGCGCUACAAUUGCAGACUCUUAGGUACCCGUUACAAUUCAGCAGACCUUGUUCAGCUGAUUGAGUUCUAUAUGAGUGAGGAUGCUGUAGACUGGAGAGAAGCUUUCUGGCAGCUUACUGACAUCAUGGUGCAUCAUGAUGAAGCAGUCCAGAAACCUGAUUCUAAGAGAUUGUGGAAGAUGGUGACAGACAGGAUCUCUGAGCUGAGAAGAAGAUAUCUUCAUGAGGAAACCGAAUCAGAGUCAUCAGUCUCUACAGAAAUAUCUGAGUCUGAUUCUGUUUGUUCAGAAGUAGUUGAGAUAGCCAUUGCUGUUGCCCGUCCAAGACCAACCAGUGCUCGCACAGAAUCAUCAUCUGAUAAUGGAAUGGAUGAACCAGAUAGGGGCUCAUCUGGAUCCCAUACCCCUGUGGAUGAGAUGCUACAUAUGAGAAGGAGAGGUGCUUUAAGGCCGCAGAGAAAAUCUAUGAAGAUGGAGGAUAUUGCCUUGGACAUCAGGCCUGAGUUACAUCGUGCUGAGGACCUGCUGAACCCAUCGUCUGAACAUGAAGAGCACAUGCAUUAUGAUGGAAAAAUCAAGCAAGUCAAGAGAGUCCGCCGAUUGCAGGGACACAGUGACACCAUCUGCUGUGUGAGGUUUGACAUAAGGAGAUUGAUCACUGGCUCCAUGGAUCGCACCAUCAGAGUGUGGGAUAUCCGCAGUGGCAAAGGCAUACGCAGGCUAACAGGACACAAGGGAGGAAUCCGAUGUCUGCAGCUUGACGAGACUCGGAUAGUCUCUGGGUCCUGGGACAUGUCAGUCAUGGUGUGGGAUGUGGUAAGGUUUGAACUGCUAGCGGAACUCACCGGCCACACAGGCGUUGUAUCGUGUCUCCAGUUCAACGACCGUCUCCUUGUGACCGGAUCCCAUGACCGUACUCUACGUGUUUGGAGCAUGUUUAGUUACGAGUGUAAACACACCAUCAAGCACCACACCGAUGUUGUUACAUGCCUGGUUCUAGAAGAUGAGGCCGUCAUCAGUGGCUCAUUUGAUAGAUCUUUAAAGGUGACUGAUGUCGACUCCGGGGAGUGUCUUCAGAACAUGACGCAUGAGAAACAAGACCGCAUCACAACCAUUCAGUGUCUGGAUGAUCAGAUACUGGUAGGCACCCUGACUGGACGUCUCUUGAUCUGGAACCGAACCAAAGGCACCCUGGCUAGAGCGUACCAAGCCCUUGAAUCACCCAUGUAUAAACUAGUUGUCUUCUCAGUCGACUACAGGGAGACCAAGAUAUUCAUAGCAUCAGCUGAUGGCUCUAUCGGUGAGUGGGUCCUGGAUUCAAUGACCUGUGUAAGAAUCCUCCAAGGUCACCGUGGCCCUGUUAGAGAUGUUCAGGUUUCUCAUGGAAGAGUAGUGAGCUGUAGUGAAGACAAAACGGCCAGGAUCUGGGACUUGAGCCCUCCGCCUCUUAAACCAGGAGACGAAAGUGGAAUCAACCCACAGUUAGUCAAUGAAAGAGAUAGCGACUAAGAUAUAGUCAUAGAGAGAAACAAUGACUAAGCUCAAAGAAGUUGUAUAGAUAGUCCAUGACAGGGAUGAUGGCUAAACUUAAUGUAUAGAUAGUCAAUGAUAGAGACAACGACUAAGCUUAAAGAUGUCCACAGAGAUAGUACAAAAAGAGACUUUGACUGAGAGAUAGUCAAUAAUGGAGAUAGUGACUAAGAUAAAGUAAAUGAAAGAGAUAGUGACUGAGAAUUAGUCAUUGAAAGAGAAAGUGACUAAGAUAUAGUUCACCAAAGAGAAAGUGACUUAGAGAUAGCUAGUGAAAAUGAUGGUAAAGGAGAGA